CGCUUCGCCCCUCCCGUUUCUCUCUCAUCCGGCACCGAGACACCGUAGCGGGAUAUCCUCGCCGCCUUUUUGGACCGCCCGACCUCGCAGCCCGCCCGGGCCUGAGACAGGCGGGAAGGAUGCCGCCCCGCACGCCGCGCCGCUGAGCACAUCGGGGCCCUGAGCGCCGCGCCCGGCCGGCCCCGCCCGGCGAUCCUCGGGCCUCCGCCUCGGCGGCACGGGGCUUCCUCCUCCGCAUCCCCCGUCCCUUUGCCGCCCGUCCGCCGGGCUGGGCGCUUCCUCCUCGCCCCCGGCCCCGCCGUCUGCCCUUCCGGGCCUUCCCCUCCCGGCUCUCCUCUUCCCGCGGGGCCUCCGGGCUCUUGGCCUUCUUCCUCCCCUCCCUCGCCCUUCCCCGUUCGAAGCCAUGUCCUCCGCCGCCCGGUUCGAUUCGUCGGACCGCUCCAGCUGGUACGUGGGUCCGGUGUCGCGGGCGGAGGCGCAGACUCGGCUGCAGGGGCAGCGGCAUGGCAUGUUCCUGGUGCGGGAUUCGUCCACCUGCCCGGGGGAUUACGUGCUGUCGGUAUCCGAGAACUCCCGGGUGUCCCACUACAUCAUUAACUCGUUGCCUAACCGCCGCUUUAAGAUCGGCGAUCAGGAGUUCGAGCACCUGCCCGCCCUGCUGGAGUUCUACAAGAUCCACUACUUGGAUACCACCACCCUCAUCGAGCCCGCGCCCAGGUAUCCGAGUCCACCAAUGGGAUCUGGAUCUGCCCCUGCUAUGUCUGCUGCCGAAGAAAACGUGGAAUACGUUCGGACUCUCUAUGACUUUCCUGGCAACGAUGCUGAGGAUCUGCCAUUUAAAAAGGGCGAAAUACUGGUAAUUGUAGAGAAGCCAGAAGAACAGUGGUGGAGUGCCAGAAACAAGGAUGGUCGGAUUGGGAUGAUUCCUGUUCCUUACGUAGAAAAGCUAGUUAGAUCUUCUAUCGGAAAGCACGGCAACAGAAAUUCCAACAGUUACGGUAUUCCAGAACCUGCCCAUGCUUAUGCUCAGCCUCAGACCACAAGUCCCCUUCCCACAGUAUCCAGUACACCUGGAGCAGUCAUCAACCCUCUGCCAUCCACGCAGAAUGGACCAGUCUAUGCCAAAGCUAUCCAAAAGAGAGUACCCUGCGCUUAUGACAAGACAGCACUGGCAUUAGAGGUUGGAGAUAUUGUGAAGGUUACAAGGAUGAACAUAAACGGUCAGUGGGAAGGAGAGGUCAACGGGCGAAAAGGGCUCUUCCCAUUCACACAUGUCAAAAUAUUUGACCCUCAAAACCCAGAUGAGAACGAAUGAUUCCCUUGAUCUGAUUUACACUGCUGCUUCCCUUUCCUGGCUCUCAUUAGUGUUGUUUGAGGUGGGAUGAUGGCUAAAUGGCACGUUGCUAGCAUUGCCCAUUUUUCCAGCUUGCUGCAGUUUGACAGUUCUUUUAAUACACAUUUGGAAUACAUACAACUGAAGUCACUGCCUGACCUUCAUACCGUAGAUACAUCAACCAGAAUUUGGUUUCACUUUUAAAACUGUAUUGGGCCUUAAGCUGGAGAAGACUGAAGCGUAUAGCAGACAAGCAUGGGAAGAAAAACCUUCUUGAGACUUCCGUGGACUUGUUUUGGCCUGCCCAGUAGGAAGAGCCCUAAUCUUAGAGCAAACAUGCGACUCAUCUGUUACUGUCCAACAAAAAGCAACAACAAAAAUGCAAUUUUAGGACUGAAGAAGACUUAGUUUUAAGAGAACCUGCCCUAAGGUAGUACACUUACAAUGACGGUCUCUUUAAAGGACAUUAAUUGGAGCUUAUAUAUUUUAAGCAGUUGCAUUAGAAGCUGCUCAUUUCUGUUAACUCUUAAGCUUGUUGUUGACCUUCCUGAAAGUGUGUGUUAAAUACAAAUAACCAUUGAUUGAGCUGCAUUGAAGCUGAGGCAUUUAUUUAUAAGGAAACUUAGGAGGGGUUCACACUCGUAACCCAUUUUUUUUUUUUACAUACUUAAAGUAUUUCUGUUGAUUUUGCAAGCACUAACUGUAGUAAGUGAGCUUUAAAGGGAAACACUUUGGCCUGGUCUACACAGAGCCCUUCUGCAGUGUUGGAAGUAGACUUUACUAACUAGUAGUGCUUGUCACCAAGCUGUUACCUGGUAGGGAGAUGGAUCAGAUUGCCACAGCAUGAAGAAGUAUGAAAGGAACAGGACAGAAGACAUUGGUAAAUAUGAUAAAAGCCUGUUAUUUAAACAUAAGCCUUUUAUGCCCAUUUCUCUGUAGGCUCACUUAUCACUCCCAAGUUUCCUGGCUGUACCCGCCCCAACUUGCUGAAGACUUUGAACACAGUACCUUUUUCUCCAGGGCAUCUCCACAUUGCUGUGCUCCUCUUCCAGAAUUAUUUUCUUUUUUCUUUUUUCCCCUCACACCACAAAUCUUUCCAUGCUACAAUCUUUACCCUUCCAAAGGAGUUGGCUCUGGCUUAUAUAUGCCCUAUACCCCUCCUACUCCCAGCAUCCUCUAGAAAAUGGUUAAUUGGAGUCAGCUGCCAAGGUUUUCCCACCUUAUAAUUAAUUUUUAGGCUGGAGGAGGCCACACAGGUGUCUGUUAUCAGUACAGCUUUCUCUCCCCUUUUCUGUACAUGAGCUGUACUGUUGUAAUUGCACCUUUGGUAGGGAACUAUAUGGUUGUGUUAUCAGUGCCAUGCAGGUCAAGUCCUGAGCCUGUUACAGGAUGUGAAAGCUUAGGUACAGUGGUAUCUUCUGCCUUCUUUAAGUGUGUUUUCUAGGUGAACUGGAACAUAUUUUUAAAACAAUUUGAGCACCGAUUUAACAGAAUACAGCCUGGAUAAAGGAAAACAUCUGCAGAAAACCAGGAAUGUCUGAUAGGAAAACAGUAGUGCCCCCAUGCAUUCAUUUUUCAACAUUUGAAGCUGUCCGUUGUAGCAAAAAGAGAAACUUCAGACACCUGCAAACCCUCACUGCUUCCCACAAAUGUCACUUUUAUCGUUGUCUUCAGUUCCUAUGCGUUUUCUUGUUGAUUGUGUCACUUGAUCCUUGUAAAAGUGCAUUGUUCUCACUCAGCUGAAAGUGCCAUGAGAUCCUUGAAUGGAAGACACUGAAGAAGUGUACGAAUGGCAUUUCCAACAGGAGAUGUAAAAUGCUGUUGUGUUUGGUUUUUUUUUAAAGAAACUCUCGGUUCACCUGUUAGUUAUCUUUUGUAGUAUUAAUCAAGUGGCUGACGGUCUAGAAGUUCUUGUAGAGCAUUUUACUACCAAAUUAACUGUGAAGUAGAGUAGCAUUGACUGAAGUGUUUGGUGCUGUAAGAGUAAUUCUUGACAAUAGGCAUCGACGGGUUGUCUUGCAACAAAAAGCUACGCAGCUCUCUUGACUGAAGGAGGUCAUGAAUUUCUGUGCCCUGACUCCACCUGUACGUUUACUACAUGGAUUGUACUACUGAAAGUCACCUUGUGAACACAGCAACUGCACUGAGCUCAGUCUGCUGCAGAGAAACCUUACUUCAGACGUGCCCUGUUUCCGGGCAGCUCUUCAGACUGGUUGUGGAAUUCCUCCUUUGCAUGUCCAAGUCCGUAAAUAAAUACUGUGAGAUUUGAGAUCUUGAACAUAGCUUUUAACCUGUUGUUUUUUUCAUGAAACUAAGCGUCCUUCCUCAUCUCCUCUUGGAUGAGGUGCACCUCGAACACGUGCGUUGUGUUAGGCUGAAUUAUGUUCUGAUAGCGCAGAAAAGCAAAAGAUUUUCUUUCAAAACUAUGCAAAAAUGGUGUGUAGUGGCUUCUGAUGGAAAGAAUUGUUAACUUUCUGUGAACCAGAUUUUGGGCCCCAGGUGAGGUAUUUCUCCGCUGCAGCGGUCAGUUCGGUGGCGUUAGGUGUGCUGAAAUGCAGCACGCUGCCCAACCGGCGCCGAUUGGAGCCUCGCUUCAAAUCGAGUCUUUGCCAUUUUGCUAUAAGACAAAUAUUUUCAGACAAAGACUGCAUCUGAUCCCAGGGUGCUUCUCCUGGAAGGACUGCCUGGCUUCUCAGCCGCUCGCUGCCGUGCGUGUUGCUGUACAAAGCCUCUGCCGUUUGGGCUGUAACCCAUCGGUGUAAAUGAACGCUCCUCGGGCUGCGAGGUGUCCAUGCCACAAAGCACAGUGUGUAAGUGGUGCCACUACAGCUGUCCACCACGAAGGCUCACUGCCUCCCCUUGUGUGCACGUGUGUGUGUGCAGACACUGAAGCCUCUGAGCAGUCUGAAAGUUUCCAUGAAAACUGUUUCAAUCCGUGUCCAUCACUGGAGAAGCGCUAAUUUAAUUUGUGAUUGUUUACAAAUUGGAAAGCAUCAACAAAAGGGAAUAAAUAUCCUGUGUGGGUUGGGGCUCCGAAGAGCCUGAGCAUUAUUUUUGUAAAGGGAAGAAACAGCAUUCUUUGUGCCAUUUCACGUGCCUGUAAAGUAAUUUUUUUAUAUUAUAUUAACAUCCUGGGAGCGAGUGGGGCUGCCUUUGUUUUCUAGUCCAUUUUUCAAGCAUUUUUCUCAAUACCUGCAUCUGAAAGCGAGACCUGCCUAAAAGACUGCCUUUGGGGACCAGUGAAAGCAUCCUCCAGCUGUCCUCUGCUGUUGUUACAUGAAAAUGCGUUUUUGGGACGAGGAUACAAUUAUUGCAGUGGGAAAGGUGGCCUUGUAUUUGAGACAGUCUUCACUGUGUAAACUUUAAAACACAAUAUGUAAUUUAAAGACCAUGAUCUUCAGGCAAUAAUAUUAAAGUGUAAGCUUUUAAAGUUUAUUUUGGGGAUCACGGCUUGUUUUAUUUUUUUGUGCUACAAAAUUAACAGUAUUAAAUGAAUUAUAUUCUUAGAAUACACAGAGUGUCUUUUCUUCAGAUUAGUGCCUUUUUGAUUUCUUACUCCACAGAGCUGGUCCCAACAUCAAGCCGCUGUUGUUGUUGUUGUUUUCUUUUUCCCAGUGCCCUGCUUGUACAGUCUCAAUAAAAGUUGCCUCAACUUCCA